GGCGUACUCUACCCCUGGUCCUGCCCCCUUUGAAGCCGGGAGCCGCCAGCUGUGAGGGCCGGUGCCACGUCUGCUAGGCGGGCGCGAGGGGGCUGCGCGCCGCGCCCUGGCCCCGCUGCGGAGAGCCGUUACAGCCGUUAGCGGGGCGGGAGUGGGGCUCCGCGGGGCGGCAUGGCGGCGCGGCGGCGGUAAGGCGGGCGGGGGCCCGGCUGGGGGGCGGCGAUGGCGGCGCUGCGGGCGGCCCUACUCGGUGCGGUGCUGGGCUGCGCGGCCGCGGCGCUGAUCCCCGCGGCCGACGUGAAGGUGGAGGUGCUGCAGAAGCCCUUCCUCUGCCACAGGAGGACCAAGUGGGGAGACAUGAUGCUGGUGCACUACGAGGGAUUCCUGGAGAGGGAUGGCUCCAUGUUUCACUCCACCCACAAGCAUAACAAUGGGCAGCCUAUGUGGUUUACCCUUGGCAUAAGGGAAGCUAUCAAAGGCUGGGACAAAGGUUUGAAGGACAUGUGUGUGGGAGAGAAGCGAAAGCUAACUAUUCCACCAUCCCUUGCUUAUGGAAAAGAGGGAAAAGGAAAAAUUCCACCUGAGAGCACGCUGAUAUUCAACAUUGACCUUUUAGAAAUUAGGAAUGGACCAAGAUCUCAUGAGUCGUUCCAAGAGAUGGAUCUUAAUGAUGACUGGAAACUAUCCAAGCAGGAGGUGAAAAUUUAUUUGAAGAAAGAAUUUGAAAAGCAUGGAGCAGUGGUAAAUGAUACCCAGCAUGAUGCUUUGGUUGAAGACAUAUUUGAUAAAGAAGAUGAAGACAGUGAUGGAUUUAUAUCUGCAAGGGAAUUCACAUACAAGCAUGAUGAGCUGUAGAAAAAUGUGGCAUAAUUUCUUAUGGUGCAGAAAUGGCAGUGACUUGGAGAAUGUCUGGUUCUCUCAUCUUCUGGAUUCAUUGUUUUCGAGCUGACAGUUGCUGUUGGCAAAGAAACAUUUUUUUUUAUAUUAAAGAGAACUUCUGUCCAUUAUGUAUAAAUGUUUAAAGUAUUUUAAAGUAUGAAAAUGUACCUCCUUUUAUGCAGCAGAUGUGCAUAUCAAUUUUUUUUAACUUUGUAUUAACUUAUUUUUCAGAAGUGGAACAAACUUGCCAGAUAUCCGACACUACAAAAAUUGAAAUCCAGUUCAGUACCUUUCUGGGUGUGUGUGUGUGUGUGCGCAUGUGUGUGUUAAAGCCAUUUUCAGUGAGUCCUUAAUGCAUAACUUCUAGGUUAUGGCUUAAUUACUUGGUCUUGUUUCUUGUGUAAGUCACUGCUUGAAAAGCAGUAUGCUGAUUUCACUACUUUCUGAAGAUUUUGGAAAGAUAUACUAGAAAGCAUCAGCAUCUCUUCCUGCAGCUUAGCAGCUGAUACAAAGCUGUACAAAAAGAAUAACUGUUCUGUGCUGAUUUUGCUCCUCUAAAUGGAGAGUGUUACCAACCAUGGCAAUAAUUGUGGGGGGGUUUUGGUUUUUUUUCUGUUUUUUUGUUUUUUUUUUAAUGAUGUGAACAAAGUAGGAGUUAAAUAUCAGGGGGUUUUGUUUGUUUGUUUUUAUUUUUUUUCCCCAUGUCAGUAACAUUCUAGGAAGUGUCUGUAAUCUGAAAAGUAGCAAGUUGUACUGCAGUGCAUAGGUGAUGUUCCUAUUUUUUCAGUGUUUGUUUUGAAACUCGGAGCUUACAUUCAUAGAGAAGGACUACAACUUUCUCCUCUCAAGUUUUGAUCUUAAGACAAAAUGUUGCAAAUCCGUAGUUCUCAGUUGCAGAAGGGCAAGAGGUAUACUGACAGGAAGGUAAACAUGGCCCUGAAAAAACCCUUGCAUUGGCCUGCCUGCUUUGUUGUUGAGUUGCAGAACUUGCCUGUCGUUGCCUCUUUGCAGUAUUUUCACAAGUAGUAUACAGACAAGUGGUUUGAACUUUUAAGUAAUAAAGUGACUUUUUAGAAAAAUAUGCAUGGUAUAAAAAUGUUAUGGUGCUGUAUUUCUGGAGAGGUGGAGAGUAUGAAGAUUUCAACUCUAUUUUAUAUUCGUUUGUGCCUGGAGAAGAAAAAACAGGCAGGAACCCAUGGAUAAUGGCUAAGCGAAGGGGCAAGGCAUCUCUGCAGAAGAAAUUGGAUAGCCUGUUUUGGCACCUCUAACAAAAGGGCCUCUGAAUAUUGCAUUUUUGGCUGGAAGGCAUUGCUCAAGGCUGUAGAGGGACAUAGGGCAAAUCAGUUGUGCGAAAGGGGUAUUAGUGCAAGGCACUAAUACCAGAGUAGCAUCACCAAGUGGGACUCCACAAUCCAGGUUCUCAACACAGAUGAGCAAAUUGUUUUCCCUGCCCUCUAGUGGUGCAAGUAUUAGAAAACCACUAUUAGAGUUCAGCUUCAUAUGGGCAGAGCAUUAGGAACUGGCUGAAGAUUGCUGUCUCUUCUCUGACAGGAGUCAGUAGUGAAUGUUUGAGAGAACAGUAAAAAUGAGCUUGAAUGUGUAGUGGGUUUUUGGGGUGUGGGGUUUUUUGUCUUUUUUUUUUUUUUUUUUUUUUUUUUGAGGAGGGAGGUUGUUGUUUAAGCCUCUAUCAUUUCGUGACUUACAGCCUAUUUGACAUGGCAGUUGUGGUCACGUAUUUUUGUUUCAAGAGCCUUUGGCUCUUUGAAACCAUCUGGUUUCCUUGAACCCGUUCAUACUUUUGCUUCCAUAACAUUCUCUGGCAGUGGAUUUCACUGUAGAACUGUGUAUGAAAAUACUUCCCUUUGUUUUUAAGCUUGUUGCCUGCCUUGGCUCUUAUAUUAUGAAAAUAAUGAACAAUCAUUCCCUGUUUA